AUGCUGCAGGUCAAAGAAAAACCUAUACUUGAUGAGCAGGAGUUGCAGCUGAUCCACCGUACGCUGAUUGACUCCUAUAAUCAGCGGUUACGGGUGCGAAUCAGAGUCUUUGAUCCUGUAGAGGAUAAGAUCUUUGAAGGGAUAGUAUCGACGGAGGAAUGGGCAAUGACCUUGAAUCAGUACCGAGCACUAGCAGAACAGCUGGGAGGAGAGGUCGGGAAGCAGCUCACCGCAUUGAUUAAUGAGCUAGAAGAGUCUAGAAAGAUCAUUCGUGGGAAGAAAUACCCACCACUCUUGGGAAGUAAGGAGGUUGCCGAACAGAUAGAAGUUGACCCCAAGAAUAUGCACCAUGUUCGCAAAACAAAGUUGUUCCCGGAUCCGGAUGUCAUGGUUGGAAGCAGGCCGUUCUGGUACAAACCAUCAAUUGAUGAGUACCAGGAGCGAUUGGAAGAGUGGCGGAGUAAGGAAAAGCCAGAA